AUGUCUCCGCCGCAGCUCCUCCGCGUCUCCGCCGUCGUCUUCCCCUGCAUUUCUUCAUUACAACCGUUUUUUCGCAAUCGCCAUUCCUUCUUCUUCAGACCUAACUGCAAUCCUUAUUUUCCCCUCUGUUCUGCCCACAGAACAAUUUUCACGACGACCGUUGCAGCCGCCGGUGGAAGACCUGGGGAGCUGCUGUCUUCUUCAAUACCGUCAAUUCUCGACGCCGCCGGCGACUCGACGGCUUUUCAGACAGCCUCCACCGUUCUGCUCACCGGCGCCUUCACUCUCUUUCUCUUCCGAACCUUCCGCCGGCGAGCCAAGCGCGCCAAACAGAUGAGAAUAAGGUCGUCUUCGGCGGCGGAGAAUCUGAAGAAAGCUUCCAUGGCAGCCAUUAAAGCGAAGUCUCCACCUUCGCCUGAUGAGGCGCUUCUCGGAGCUCUGAUCGCUGCUGCGUUUGGAAUUCUUCUGUACAAAUUCACUGCAAAUAUUGAAUACGCUCUCAAUCGCCAAACACUUUCAGACAAUUAUUCGGUUCGACAAAUAACCAUAACAAUAAGGACAAUCAUCAACGGGCUAUGCUACCUGGCGACAUUCGUGUUCGGAUUCAAUUCUCUCGGAUUGUUCCUGUAUUCUGGCCAGCUCGCCAUGAACGCCUUAGUCGAAGGUGAGUCGGAGCUCAAAUCAUCGGAUUCGAACAAUUCUGAAACGGCCAGUGGUGUUGAAGAUGAGGAGGAUAAGAGCAGUGGUAAUUCAGACAAAACACAAUGAAGACGAUGGAUUAGCAAAUGCAUUUCAAAUGCCAGGUCAGCUGAUACCGGCCGCCCCGACGCCGACCGGGUGGGGCUCCAUUUUCAAACUGGAAUUCUUGCAGAAGAGCGACUCCGGCGUGAGUUUAGCCGCCGCCGUCCGCAUCGGCUCCGACUUGCAGCGGGUGAGCACGAAGGGCUCGUAGGUCCCACCCGCCUGCAGCUUCUGCUCGAGAAUGGUAGCCAUGGACGAGGCGGCGGCGGGCAGAGAGCAGGAGGAGCGCGGCGGCUGAAGGUGAUCGUGCUUCUUGGGCUUGGGAACGGGAAUGGGAAUGGAAAUGGGCUUUGUGGCGGAGCUGUAGUCAUUGGGAGGCGGCUUUCUCUUGACGUUGACGUUGACGGCGUCGUGAUGGCAGCAGCCGGCUUUGGUGGCGGGCUUGGCCGGCUUGCGCGCCGGCAGCCACCGGAUGAAGUCGGUGCCGCGGACCCAUGUUUCCUUGGAGACCUCCAUUGACAGCUUGGGCUCGCACAUCAUAAGGAGUAAGCAAUCUGGCAGAACAGGAGCUGGAGGAUUACUUUCAUCAUCUUCUUCUUCUUCUUCUUGAUUUAAAUGAUCUUGGUUGCUGGUUUCCUUGUCCACAGCUUGUACGACCUCUACUGGUUGGAUUUGUGGAGGAUUUGGUUGGUCCUCCUUGGCAUCUGGUGAAUUUGAAUUAGCCAUUAGUUC